AUGACAAUACCAUUCACAAAGUACGUAGCUAGCAUAGCUCUGAUCUUCAGCGGAGCAUACAUAUGGGACAAAAGAUCUCCCAGCGAAAUCGCCUCAGAACGCACAGACCCAGCAUAUAUGCUGCAAAAAAUGGAUGUUUCCCCCUUACUCUCUUACCAGGCUAAGAUAUCACGAAGCAACCUUAUAGUGUGGUCUGUAACUGCGCCAUCAUUCCGAGCAAUGCCACGCACAUGUAAGUGCGGAGUUUUGUCGCCUUUCCGGUCGCUAGGUUGA